AUGAAUACCGGAGAAUAUGGCUACCCAAAAUUUAACUUCGAGCAGCAAGCACACACAGUUUCCAUUCCGCCGCCACAACCAUUCAUAAAAUCAUUGAAGAACACCGUGAAAGAAACACUUUUUCCCGAUGACCCACUGCGGCAAUUCAAAGAUCAGCCACCGUCACGCAAAUUUAUACUCGGAAUUCAGUAUAUCUUCCCCAUUUUCGACUGGGGAUCUCGUUAUAAUUUAAGUUUCUUUAAAUCCGACAUAAUCGCCGGUAUCACCAUUGCAAGUUUAUCAAUCCCUCAGGGAAUCAGCUACGCUAAGCUAGCGAACCUCCCGCCGAUAUUCGGCCUGUAUUCAAGCUUCGUUCCGCCGUUAGUAUAUGCGAUGAUGGGAAGUUCUAAAGAUUUAGCGGUGGGGACGUUCGCAGUGGCGUCGUUGCUAAUAGGUUCGAUGUUAGGUGCGGUGGUGAACGCCAAUGAAAACCCAAAGUUGCAUCUUCAGUUAGCCUUAACGGCGACGUUCGUCGCCGGAGUUCUGUUAUUAUAA